UUGGUAAGUCAAUACGAGCAAGACAAUUUUAGAGUGCGCGUGUACAUCGCUAUUGCUGCCUGUAGAAGGAUAACAAUUCGAAUAAAAAAAGUUUUUUUUAUUUUUUCGUUCAAAUUGGUUUCGAAUUUCAUAUUUUUUUUCUCCGCCGCCUGUCUAAUCACGUAUUACGUUUGGGAAUGUACUUAAAAAAAUUACUAUCGAGACACAUUAAUGACCGUUGCCCUCGUGUCAUUUGCACUCAGAGUCCUUGACUCUUGACCGUUUCCGUUGCGUGCUCGCUUCCCGCCGUUUUUCUCAUUUUUCGUCGUGCUGUCAUGACAUUGUCCAUUGUUGUGUCGGCGGCACAUCAUUGUGCUCUGCGACCGUCGUGAAAUCCACUUGUCCGUCGUCGUCAUCGUCGCCGACACCGCCACUGCUACUACUAUACAUAAUAUACAUCUACUUCCACUACUGUUGCUGUCGAUUUUUGCAACCAUGUAUUCGCAAAUCAACACGCUAUUCAGUCAGGUUCAAUUCAACCACAUUUACGUAGAGGGCAGUAUACUCCUUGUACUUUUGUGGAUAUUAUUUAAAAAAAAAGCAAGCUCUUCAAAUGCAAAAAGGACCGAAACAUCAGAAAACACGGACAUAGAACAAAAGAUUCAAUUGUGGACUCCAAAACCUAUGGUAAAUGCAACUUCCCCAUCUGCAUUGCCAAUGGAAAACUAUAUCAUUGAUGGCAAGACUGAACAUUAUAUCACAAUUAAUGGCCGAUCGUGUAUAAAUUUCGCCACCCACAACUAUUUUAAUUUUAUCAGCGAUAAAAGUAUUGAAAACAAUGUAGUGGAUGCUGUGAAUAAAUAUGGCAUUGGUUCUUGCGGACCCAGGGCAUUUUACGGCACAUUUGAUAUACACAUUGAACUAGAAGAAAAGAUCGCUAAAUUUAUGGGAAUGGAAGAAGCCGUUAUAUACUCGUACGGGUUCUCUACUGUGACCAGCGCUAUCCAAGCAUACGUUAAGUCUAGAGACAUUGUUUACGUGGACGAAGAAGUGAACUUCGCAAUACAAAAGGGUCUGCAAUCUUCUAAAGCUGAACUGGUGUAUUUCAAACAUAACUGCCCAGAAGACUUGGAACGGUUAAUCUUGGAGAAAUAUGCAACAAAGAGAAGAAAAAACAGAAGAGCGUUCCUGAUUGUCGAAGGAAUUUAUAUGAACACCGGAAAUAUUUGCAACUUGCCAAAAUUGAUCGACAUUCGAAUAAAACAUAAGAUCCGCAUAUUCAUUGACGAAACCAUAUCAUUCGGCAUUCUUGGCGAAAAAGGUCGAGGAGUUACUGAACAUUUUAAUAUACCGAAAGACGAAGUCGACCUGAUCAUUGGAAGUCUAGAGACAGCCUUGUCGUCAGUUGGUGGUUUUUGCGUAGGCUCAACAUUUGUUGUCGAACAUCAGAGGCUGUCUGGUCUUGGAUACUGUUUUUCUGCAUCGCUACCACCAUUACUAUCAGCGGCCGCCAUCAAAGCUUUGGAACAGAUUGAGAAACAUCCAGAAAUUUUAGAAAAACUGCGAGAAAGGAGCACAAGUCUACAUCAAAGUAUUUGCAAUAGCCAACUGACCGAACACUUUACUCUUGGGUCUGAUGAAUCAAGUCCACUUAAACAUUUAUACCUAAUAGAUAAGUCUCUAUUACACUCUGAACAACAGCAAAUAUUGAAAAAAAUUGUUGAUUACUGUAUAUCAAAAGGAGUAGCGAUAACGACAGCUGCGUAUUUGAGUGAUCGUGAAUACAAGAUUCCCACUCCCAGCAUUAGACUUCUCGCAAGUAUUAAACUAACAAAUGAAGAAAUCAACUCCCUUAUAGAAAUACUGUUGCAAGCGGUUAGUGUUUCGAUCAUUUAAAUCG